CCGAAACGGCUGGUGGAAUUUACAGAAACGACCUUUCAUUGACUAGGCAAAGUGGUAGCUUGACCCCACGGCGGCGGCGGCCGGCGACGGGUGUAUCCGCCGCCGCUUCGAGCUUUCCCUGAGAAGUCACUGAUCCCACGCGUCCGCGGAAGAGCGCAUUCGGCUCCUCGCAGAAGAGCGCUGUCCUCGUGGUGGAUCCGGGCACAUGGUGUAGGCCGGCAUCUCGGUGCGGCGCUGCGACGAAGAGGCACAGUCGCCCGCGGCGGGGCGGCGAGCGCCUCGUUGAAGGAGUUCGGGGUGCGAGCUCACAGCCCGGAGACCAUGAAGUGGAAAUUUCUUCGUCGUGCUCUCAAUGCGUGCACCGAAUUGAAGCAGCUACUACUUUGGAGGCGCUGAACCAAUUGCGCGCGUGCCCCCUGCCCCGCUUGCGACAGCGAUGCUGCGCAAGUCGGGCGCCCAGCGCCGGCAGCCGGCGCUUUGGCGGCGGUGCCGCAGCCUCCGGCAGAUCAAGCAGGUCCACGCGCUCAUGGUGCUCCGGGGCUUCCUCUCCGACCCCUUCGCGCUCCGCGAGCUCAUCUUCGCCUCCGCGGUCGCUGUCCGCGGCGGCAUUGCGCACGCCCGUCUCGUGUUCGACCGAAUCCCGCACCCGGACCGGUUCAUGUACAACACCCUCAUCCGCGGUGCCGCGCACAGUGACGCGCCCCGGGACGCCCUCUCCGUCUACGCGCGCAUGGCUCGGCACCGCGGCGACUGCGGCGGCGGCGGCGUGAGGCCGGACAAGCUCACGUUCCCGUUCGUGCUUCGCGCCUGCGCCGCAAUGGGCGCGGGGGGCACCGGGGCGCAGGUCCACGCGCACGUCGUGAAGGCUGGGUGCGAGCCUGACGCUUUUGUCAGGAACGCGCUCAUCGGCAUGCACGCGAGCUGCGGGGAUCUAGAGGUGGCGGCUGCGCUGUUCGACAGCGGGGCGCGCCGGGAUGCUGUAGCGUGGUCGGCGAUGAUCUCAGGCUGCGCAAGGAGAGGGGACAUUUGUGCCGCCCGGGAGCUGUUCGACGAGAGCCCUGUGAAGGACCUCGUGUCCUGGAACGUGAUGAUCACAGCGUAUGCUAAGCGGGGAGAGAUAGCCAUGGCGAGGGAGCUGUUCGACCAGGUUCCUGAGCGUGAUGUUGUGUCGUGGAACUCCAUGAUUUCUGGGUACGUAAGAUGUGGCUCUCUCAGGCAUGCGAUGGAACUCUUUGAGGAGAUGCAGGGCAUGGGAGAAAAGCCGGAUACUGUCACGGUGCUCAGCUUGUUGUCAGCCUGUGCGGACUCUGGGGCUCUUGAUGUUGGCCGGAGGCUCCACUCCUAUCUGUCAGAGAGGUUUUCAAGAACUGGUCUUACCACCAUUCUUGGAAACGCACUGAUUGACAUGUAUGCAAAGUGUGGGAGCAUGAAGAGCGCACAUGAGGUGUUCUGCUCGAUGCGAGAUAAGGAUGUCUCGACUUGGAAUUCCAUCAUAGGAGGAAAUGCAUUGCAUGGACAUGUCAACGAGUCCAUAGAUAUGUUCGAGAAAAUGCAUAAGGGAAAUGUCAAGCCUGAUGAAAUCACCUUUGUUGCUGUCCUUGUUGCUUGUAGCCAUGGCGGGAUGGUUGACAGGGGGCAUAAGUACUUCAACUUGAUGCAACAACAGUACAGGAUUGAGCCCAAUAUCAAGCAUUAUGGCUGCAUGGUUGACAUUCUGAGUCGUGCAGGAUUGCUCAAAGAAGCGUUUGAGUUCAUCGACACAAUGAAGGUCGAGCCUAAUUCUGUCAUAUGGAGGACCCUGCUUGGGGCUUGUAGGAUCCAUGGUGAAAUUGAACUGGCUGAACACGCUAACCGGGAACUUCUAAAGGCAAGGAGUGAUGCAAGUGGGGAUUAUGUGCUUCUAUCAAACAUUUAUGCUUCAGUUGGAGAAUGGCUGGGGUCAGAGAAAAUGAGAAAUUUGAUGGACGACACUGGUGUCAACAAGGAGGCAGGUCGUGCAGUUAUUGAUGGCAGUUCAAAGGAUCUAAUGCAAUCUUGUAGACAGUUCUAAUUGCGUGCUAGAUUCAAAUAAUUUUUUGUCUAUCAUGCUUCCAGCUGCAGUGUCAAGAAAUUGGAUACCUUGGCCCGUUCAUCUGUCAAUGAAGAGCAAAAGGCCCAGUAUCACUUCCCAUGCUAUUAUUGGCUCCAAUCAUGCUAGAGACAUUGCUGAUGUUUUCACAGAAAUGCAGCUAAAAGGGCAUGUAAGUCUGAUCAAUUGAUAUGCAUCCACUUGUCCAUGUUAUUCAAGAGAGCUCUGCAUUUGUAGAAUUGUAGGGACCCUAGUUUCAAUCCCUACACUGUUUACUACACACUAAAUAUUGUACAAUUCACUGGAAAAUCUAUCUUCCUUGUGAAAAUUUGAUAUAAUCUAUGAAAAGGGGAACAUUGGUAUAAGAAGGAAUAAUA